CCUGGGUCUUGGGAUGUAGAGAUGAUGAUGAUAUAAGGAGACUUCAGAGAACAAGUUUCACGUGACCAGCUCUUCAGCAUCACAGCUUGCUGGCUUUGCUCCUGGUCUCAGCUCCUGAGCAGAAUGGGGUCUCUGGAAUAUGAAAACUAGGAAACAGCUACAUGGAGUCAUUGCCAGUUGUAAUUCAGAGUGUGUUUUUCAGGAAGGUGCAAUGGAUUUACUGAAAGAACUGAAAACUAUGCCUAUGACUUUGGAUUUACUGCAGUCCACCCGCAUUGGGAUGUCGGUGAAUGCGCUGAGAAAGCAGAGCACAGAUGAAGAAGUGAUAUCACUUGCCAAAUCCCUCAUCAAAUCUUGGAAGAAACUUCUAGAUGCUUCUGAGGAAAAAAAUGAGGAGAAAAAGAAAAGCCUGUCUUUGCCAACAUCUUCUUCCAGGGAGACUGGUAACUCAAGAGACCAAAGCUCCAACAAAAGGCAGGAGCCUCCAAAGACUCCGACCACCCCCAAAAUCACCACCUUCCCUCCGGCCCCCAUCACCUGCGACGCUGUGCGCAACAAAUGCAGGGAGAUGCUGACAGCAGCUCUGCAGGCUGAUGACGACUACAUCGCCAUCGGUGCUGACUGUGAGCACAUAGCAGCCCAGAUUGAAGAGUGCAUCUACCAGGAUGUCAAGAACACCGACAUGAAAUACAAAAACCGUGUGAGGAGCCGCAUCUCCAACCUGAAGGACUCCAAAAAUCCCGAGCUGAAAAAGAACGUGCUGUGUGGGGCCAUCACCCCCGAGCAGAUCGCGGUGAUGACCUCGGAGGAAAUGGCCAGUAAUGAGCUGAAAGAGAUCAGGAAAGCCAUGACAAAAGAAGCAAUCCGGGAGCAUCAGAUGGCCAAGACAGGAGGGACACAGACUGACCUCUUCACCUGUGGGAAAUGCAAGAAGAAGAACUGUACCUACACCCAGGUGCAGACCCGCAGCUCCGAUGAGCCCAUGACCACCUUCGUCGUGUGCAAUGAGUGUGGGAAUCGCUGGAAGUUCUGCUGACAUGUGCCAUGGCCUGAGAGCGGCAGCCAAACGCAGACCCGAGCGCAGCCUCCACACGCCGGCUCCACGGCAGUUGUGUUUUGUGUCCCAGUGAGUUUGCAUUGUCACACGCUGAGAGCAGCAGCGGGGAGGCCUGGGCCUCGCAGAGAGCCACAGCCCUGGGCUGACAGGUUGGCAGGAGAGCUCACUAAACACACCCAGUCAUUACUUUCUCAUCUAAGCGAGCGCGGUCACUUUCUCUUCAAAACUAAUAUUAAACAUUUUUGUCAGUUUCUGACUUUUAUUUCAA